AUGACUCCGCUGCCCGGGUUCACCACUCUCGCCUCAGCCCCCGACCUUCGGUACCCCAAGAGCUCGCCCCUGAACCUUCCACCUGUACCCAGGAUGCCGCUGGCCGCUGCCCCACCUCCAAUUGUACCUGUCGUUCCUGCCGUGCCUGCCACUCCUGUCGUGCCUGCCGUGCCUGGACCAGCCCCUGCCGACGUCGUUCCUGCCCGUGGUGUUGCUGCCCUAGUCGCAGGUCCUUCCGGACAGGCUUCACAGCCGAGGAAGAAGAAGGCUGCCUCCUCUCCCCCUAAGAAGUCUCCUUCAGGAACUUCUAAGGGCCCAUCUCACUCUGGUGGGACAGGGGGUUCUUCCGCUGGUCCUCGGAGCGGGACCCAUCUCUCCUUCCGCAAGGAAGAAGAAGACGGGGACCAGAGGGGUACCGGCUAA